AUGGUUCUAAUUUAUGCCAACGACAAGAAACCGCUAAAUGUCAACGAAGCUACCACGAUUAAUCUGCAAGAAGGGGACAAAGACCUUAUCUCAUGUGCCCUAGUUGUACUCGCUAAGGGCUGCUUCCGAUACGAGAGUCCGGUUGCAUCUGGAAAAUAUCUUUACUGUACUCUCCGCAGUUUGUCUCUGAACCUUCCCGCCGAAUCGUCACCCUCCACCUUGCUAUUACCGGAAGUGACUGCUUCGCGUGUUCCUGAAACUGAGCUUAGGCGGAAUGGUGAUUUCGCGGAUGAAGCAAUAUUUUCACCACCCAGCUCCGUUAUUCUUCAGCCUAGCUCUCUUUCAGUACAAGGACUCGCGCCUCCCCAGCGCUAUCGUGUACAUCUUCCCCUCAGCGAAAGGGAACAAAAGAUGUGCAUUAAGGCCCAGAGCGCUGCAAGGAAGUUUGAUGACGCCUCCAUUCAUCGUGCUCGGAAGCAGAAUAGGAUUGGCUUACGCUCUGCGAACCUUUUCGGCCGGUUCUCUGGAGUCACAGGAAAAGGACGGCUCAGCGUUUCCAAGGAGCUGCUCCGUGAGGUGGAGGCCGACUUCAAGAAGAACCCAGGGCUCCUUGCUGGGGCGAUCCUUAUCCAUACAGCGUACGGUGGUGUGCAAAUGGCUGCAUGGAACUCGCACUUUCCGACCAGCAAAGGGAAAUGGUAUUGGAGAGCCUCGUGCAUGAUAAUUGCCGGUAUGGUUCCCUUGUAUACUAUUCUCUUGCUGAAGUCUCAUGAAAGAUUUUCACUGAUUCCCAUUGGCUCUGACGGUGACUGGACCGCAAAAAUCAAAAUUAGGUUUUUGAGAGUGAUCGUGAAGGCUAUUCUGGCUCCAUUGAUCUUGGGUCACAUUUACGUUUUCAACGCACUGAUUGGGGGAUAUGUAUUGGCACGAAUAUUCUUGGUUGUGGAAUCAUUGAUUAGUUUGCGUAAAGUGCCUAUUGGUGUUUAA